CUACAGUAAAUUUGUCGUGGAGCACGGCAACUGAAAUCACGGGCGGUACGUGCCAGCGCGUGGUCCGGAGCUCCCGCUGCCAUGUGCAGCCAGCGCUAUUGGGUAACCUGGAGUCGGCUUUAAUUCUGUCCCUGAACCUUUUCUACAGUAUGAAGCGUUCCACAGAUUCUGGCAACCCUAAAACUCCUCCACAUGCAGAAGAUAAGACUACAUAUAGAGCUCUCCAUAACAUGUCAAGGGAAACAUCACAAUCUAUGUUAAUGUGGCCACCUCCGAGGGAUCGGAAAUAAGCAUGCGACCUUCAUGGCGCCGACGCUCUUUUGUGGCCAUGAACCGAUCACUUUCUGACACCUUGCUCUUCCCUUGCUUUGUCCUUCGGCAUGUAAAGCAUUCCGACGAAAUUAACCGCAUUGGGCGACCGGCAUCGGACACUUGCGGAUAUCGCCCACCUCACUGCGACCAGAUGGGCAUCAAUUUCACCUCAAGCGUGAAUUGCGCGAUGAAAAUCGCAGCUUUAUGUGAUGUUAUUGCGAUUUUUUGCUGGGGGAGUAUUGCUUCGUCGACAGCAUCCUGUCAUCAAGACUGCGUAGUUAAUCGGCGAACUUUCCUUCAAAGUGUGCAACCUGUUGGUAUAAGGAUAUCCAACCACUCUCGGCCACUCUGGAACUCACGUUCCCUCAUGAUGGAUCAUACGCUUGCCGAUCAUUCGGUGGAGUACCGAAGUGGAAGGAACCUGCUCGGCGUCUCCCAGGACACCAACAUAAUCAAGAGGGGUGCGCCACACCUUGCGGUCUAGCUGAAGUGUGCGGUUUGCGGUGUAUGCAUACGUUGUCAGUGGUACAGGAUGGGCCUCACAUUAUGGAUGCUGCGUAUGGACACCUCCCCUCCUGCGCAGAACGUGCGAGCGUGC